AUGUUGAUUUGCAUUGUUCUUUCUUUCUAUCUAUCUAUCUAUCUAUCUAUCUAUCUAUCUAUCUAUCUAUCUAUCUAUCCUUGUUUCAUUUCUCUCUUUGCUAAACCUCCGUGUUCAUUCCCUCUCCACCUCGACAUUCCCUUAUCCCUCUCCACCUCGCGAUUCCCUUAUCCCUCUCAACCUCGAUAUUCCCUUAUCCCUCUCAACCUCGCUAUUCCCUUAUCCCUCUCGACCUCGAUAUUUCCUUAUCCCUCUCAACCUCAAUAUUCCCUUAUCCCUCUCAACCUCGCUAUUCCCUUAUACCUCUCAACCUCUCUAUUCCCUUAUCCCUCUCGACCUCGAUAUUCCCUUAUCCCUCUCAACCUCGAUAUUUCCUUAUCCCUCUCAACCUCGCUAUUCCCUUAUCCCUCUCAACCACGCUAUUCCCUUAUCCCUCUCAACCACGCUAUUCCCUUAUCCCUCUCAACCUCGACAUUCCCUUAUCCCUUUCGACCUCGACAUUCCCUUAUACCUCUCAACCACGCUAUUCCCUUAUCCCUCUCAACCUCGACAUUCCCUUAUCCCUUUCGACCUCGACAUUCCCUUAUACCUCUCAACCUCGCUAUUCCCUUAUCCCUCUCAACCUCGCUAUUCCCUUAUUACUCACGACCUCGCUAUUCCCUUAUCCCUCUCGACCUCGACAUUCCCUUAUCCUCUCAACCUCGCUAUUCCCUUAUCCUCUCAACCUCGCUAUUCCCUUAUCCCUCUCGAUCUCGACAUUCCCUUAUCCCUCUCAACCUCGAUAUUCCCUUAUACCUCUCAACCUCGCUAUUCCCUUAUUACUCUCGACCUCGCUAUUCCCUUAUCCCUCUCGACCUCGACAUUCCCUUAUCCCUCUCAACCUCGCUAUUCCCUUAUCCCUCUCGACCUCGAUAUUCCCUUAUCCCUCUCAGCCUCGCUAUUCCCUUUAUACCUCUCAACCUCGCUAUUCCCUUUAUCCCUCUCGACCUCGCUAUUCCUUUAUACCCUCUCGACCUCGACAUUCCCUUAUCCCUCUCAACCUCGCUAUUCCCUUAUCCCUCUCAACCUCGACAUUCCCUUUAUCCUCACGGCCUCGCUAUUCCCUUAUCCCUCUCGACCUCGAUAUUCCCUUAUCCCUCUCAGCCUCGCUAUUCCCUUAUACCUCUCAACCUCGCUAUUCCCUUAUCCCUCUCGACCUCGCUAUUCCCUUAUACCUCUCGACCUCGACAUUCCCUUAUCCCUCUCAACCUCGCUAUUCCCUUAUCCCUCUCAACCUCGACAUUCCCUUAUCCCUCACGGCCUCGAUAUUCCCUAAUCCCUCUCGACCUCGAUAUUCCCAUAUCCCAGAGAUGA